AUGGAGAAGGGGGCGACGACUGCCAGGAUCAGCAGGACCAGGAGAGAGUUCGAAGAGGAUGCGGCAACAGGCCCACCUCAUUCUGCCAGAAAGAAUCUGGCCACAGGGUUUAGAGGCAAUCCGCUCUCAGCCGUUCGUCUUUCAGCAAUGUGGCUCAGACUUCGCGAGUCUCGAGUAUGGUUCCCUCCUCCUCCUCAUCAUCAUCAUCAACCUCCUCGCCCAGCCCUCCUCGACGCUCCCACCCGCUGCCUUUUCGAUGUCAUCGUCUCCCCAUCGUUCUGCGCCGUGCCUCCAGCCUUGCCCGCGAACCGACGGCUUCCUGGAGCGAGAGAGCGAGAGAGAGAGAGAG